AACUGCCAUUCACUUGGAAUAGGAAACAAUCGAAAAAAUACCACAAAUACGCACACAUGUGAAUUGCGCUGGAAUUACACGUACAACAAAGACGCAACGCCGGCGAAUGAAAAAAAAAAUAUGUCUGCCUCAACUAGUAGCAAGAACACGCUUGUCUCCUCCAUCAUCUCCGGCAUACUGAGCCUGGUUAUCUUUGCCACGCUCCGUUUCUGCGCCGACUGGUUCAAUGGCUCACAGUUGAAUGUCUUGGUGGGCGGCUACCUCUUCUCCUGGCUCUUCAUCUUGAGCCUCACCUGCGUAUCCAAUGCGGAAAUGCUGAUAUUUGGCCAGGACUUUCAGGCCAAGCUAGUGCCGGAGAUACUUUUCUGCAUGUCCCUCACUGUGGCCGCUGCGGGCAUUGUUCAUCGUGUGUGUGCCACGACCAGUAUUUUGUUCUCUCUGGUGGGUUUGUACUUUCUCAAUCGAAUCUCCAGCAAGUAUUAUUCCACUGCUGUGGUGCCUCUAGACGCACCAGCCCGAAAGACUGCAAAGAAGUUCAAAUGAUGACCCGACAAUCAUGAAUCGAAUCUUAAAGCUUAUGCUUUAUGUUCUAAUGAAAAAAUAUAAACUAUAAUUACACAUACACUA